GGGGCGGUGUCUGAUGACCGAGGAGGAGGAGAAAGCUCCCGGUACGAUCGUCCUCUCAGCUCCCUUUUUGCCGUCAAUCCUACAAGCAGUGUUGGGUAACACCGGAGUGCCCGGGCCGUGGACUUAUUUUCUCUCGGGAAUUGGACAAAUUGGACACCAACAAACUAUUCCAGAAGAUGUUCUUCUUUCUGCUACCUGUCGUGGCUCUCUUGCUGUGCAGAGAAACGGCGGGCUCCGGUAACAAUAACGACAAAUGGCUGAGCACCGUCGCUCAGUACAACAAGGACAGAUCCUGGAACAGAUUCAGAGACGAAGCGGAGGAUGACUACUUCAAAAGCUGGGCUCCUGCCAAGUCUCUGGAUCAAGAACGAGAGGCCGAAGCUGGCAGAUAUGGAGACCCAGGAACCAAAACUCACUCGAGCUCAGCCAAGAAGACAGUACAGGAUGGUCCAGAUGCCACCAAGGACCCCUGCCUGAAGGUGCGAUGCCCUCCUCACAAGGUGUGUGUCAGCCAUGACUCUCAGACAGCAAUCUGCACCAAUCACAAGCAGCCAACUCACAGUGUGAAACCCAGGAAAGGCAGUGCAGGCCACAAGCACAGGCUUGAAGCUGGUGCUCAUGGGAAAUGUAGGCUCUGCUCAGGUCUCCAGUCAAGUCCUGUGUGUGGAUCUGAUGGACACACCUACUCCUCCAGGUGUAAGAUGGAGUUCCAGAGCUGCCUGUCUAGGAAGACGAUCUCAGUCAAAUGUGACGGGCUGUGUCCCUGUUUGCCUGGUCAGGAGCUCAGCAAACCACCACAUAAGACCGAAAAGGCUGCCUGCACUGACACAGAGCUCCACAGUCUGGCUGCAAGACUAAAGGACUGGUUCGGGGUUCUCCACCUCGACGCCAACAGAGACCUCAAAUCCUCUGACAGCUUCGACUCCGCCACUGGACAUUUUGACACCAGUAUCUUGCCCAUAUGUAAGGACUCUCUGGGCUGGAUGUUCAACAAGCUUGACAUGAACUUUGAUCUCCUGCUGGACCAAUCAGAGCUGAGUGCCAUCUACCUGGACAAGUAUGAGCUGUGCAUGAAGCCCCUCUUCAACUCCUGCGACUCCUUUAAGGACGGCAAGCUGUCUAACAAUGAGUGGUGCUACUGCUUUCAGAAACCUGAGGGACUGCCCUGCCAAGCUGAGAAGAGCAGGAUCCAGAAUCAGAGUCGAAGGAAGAGCCUCAUAGGCUCUUACAUUCCCCGUUGUUCUGAGGAGGGCUACUUCAAACCAACGCAGUGUCACAGCAGCACCGGCCAGUGUUGGUGUGUGGACAAAUAUGGCAACGAGAUCGCUGGCUCCAGAAAACAAGGCAACCCCAACUGUGAUGAGGACCAGGAGACAUCAGGGGAUUUUGGCAGCGGCGGAGCUGUCAUUCUCCUUGACGACCAGGAGGAGGAGCCAUCACAGAGCGGGCGGAGCCGGCAGAAGAAGAGACGGGGUCGGAUUCACCCCCGAGGAGCCAUCGAGGACGACGAGGACGAGGAAGACGAUAAGGAUGACGAGAUUGGCUACGUUUGGUAGCUCGGCUCCAUUUUAUUACGCCAUCAGUCGACCGGAAACUCCGUUAACUCAGCACAGAUCUGAAGCCAUUCCAAUGUCUCCUCCUCCAGUUACUUUGGCAGCAGUCCAUCUUUUGGCUCCUGAACUUGCUCUUGUGAUCCCUGUCCCGUAUGUCUCUCUUCAGUGAACCUCAUCAGACCUCUUCCUUUUCAAGUGUUUCACAGACGGAAAACCGAGAACCUAUUCGAUUUCAACAACAGCUGUCAAGACCCAGUCAGAAUUCAGCUCCACUUUCUGCCUCUACCUUCCCCCAAACCUGCAAUCUUUAACCUCUUCUAACAUGGACUGACUUCUCUAUUUUCUCUAUUUCUCCCUCUGUCUCCUUCUUUCUCCUAUUAUGUCCCUCUCUCCUAUAUCUUGUGUGUCCAUGUCAGAGCCUCUGGUCAGUCUGUGAGCCCAGAUACAUUAGCUGAUGUACUGGAUGUAAAUAUGUUUCCUCCAGAAAGGCCAGAUAGUGGAUUAAACCCUCCCUGUGCUUCAUCAGUGGUCUCAUACUCGUAUUCUGUGUUCCACCGUCGGGCUCCUUCCAGUGUGCAAAGAUGUUCCCACAACACGUUCCCAGGCUCUGAGAUGCUCCCUCUUUCUCUGUUAUUUCAUGGAGGAUUGUAAAUUAUUUAAUCGUUGAUCUUGAAUGUCCCAGAAAGCCCAGGAAGCAAUGAGACUAAUGAUGUAUUGUCGUUGUUGUUGCAUGUUUCUCAUCGUGUUUCUGUAAAAGAGAGAUUUACCUGGCCAGGUCUAGCUCUUUGCAUCUCAAACAGAAAGUGAUGCCUAAUUGGCUGCUACAAUACUUUGUUGCUAUGUUGAUGCUGUCUAGUGUCUUUUUGGUUCUUCUCCCAAUCUCAGGAGGUAUAGGAAAUUGCAUUGCAGAGCGAUAGCAGAGUAAAAAAAGAGAACUGCAAGGCCUACAGUUCAAAUCUGCGGUGUUUCAGCCAGCUUCUUUUACUAAUUGGUCAGUAGGGCUUCUGAGGCUGUUUGGCUGUGCAUAGACACUAGAGGAAGAAGCUGCUCCUGAGCUGGGAGGACACAUGAAGUCGGGCGAGCAGAGAAGAGGCUCUGUUCCGCCUCCCAACACUGGAUAUGUUCGUCAUUUAAAAUUGAAAUCCUCACCAUGUCAACUAAGUGAACUUUUAUUUGUAACUUUGAAAAUUUAAGUAAAGUGGCACUUUGGGUGUCUUUUGAACCUUA